AUGUCGACUAAUCCCGGAAUCAAGACUUACGCGACACCCGAGGGCGUAACAGGCAGCACAGGCUUCGUCGUGCAGGUUCGUCCCAUAGACGAGAGUCAACCGCUAGAAUGGCAUCCUGUCUCAACUUGUGCCGUGGAUGUAGCCGACGUCAACAUUACACGCAACGAGUUUGACAAACAUCCCAUUUCUGUCGCAUCAAUAGACAUCGAUGGCCCUGUCGAAAUUAAAGCCCAAUUCGCCAUCGGCAAAGUCGACACUGCAGUCAUUCGGCCGACAUCACUUGGCAUCAAAGCGAACAUCCACGACAACACCAUCAGCUUCACUCUUGAUCGACCACUCGAUGUCAUGCUUGAGAUCAACAAUGACAAGUGGCAAGCCUUACAUAUCCUAACCAACAAAGUGGAUUCCGAUGCACCGACGGGCGAUUCUGACAAUAUUUGGUUCUUUGGUCCAGGUCUCAAUAAUGGAUCGGCCUACUCCAAGGUCACUGACGGAAACUUGAUGGUGCCAUCCAACACGACAGUCUACCUCGCUGGAGGAGCAUUUCUCACUGCCAAACUCAACUUCAUCAGCGUCUCUAAUUCCGGAGUCCGUGGCCACGGCUUCAUCUACAAAGGACCCAACGGCGGCGCUAUUCUCAUCGAACGAUCAAACAACAUUGUCGUCGAAAAGGUCACGUCGCUGGGGGCUACAGGCUUUAGCCUUACCACAGGUGAAGCAAAAGAUGUUCACAUCAACGGAUAUCGGUCCUUUUCAUCACACGGAAAUGGCGACGGGCUGGACUUCUUUUGUUCCACAGAUAUACUCGUCGAGAAUUGUUUCCUGCGCAACUCGGAUGAUACCAUCGCAAUUUAUGGCCACCGCUGGGACUACUAUGGAAACACGCGAAACAUCACCAUCAGAAACUGCACUCUACUUCCGGACAUCGCCCAUCCCAUUCAAAUCGGUACGCACGGAAACCCCGACAAGCCAGAGACCAUCAGCGACAUCCACGUCAGCAACAUCGACAUCCUAGAUCACCACGAGACUCAGGUGUGGUAUCAAGGAUGCAUUUCGUUAAAUGCAGGCGAUGCAAACCUUAUUGAGAACGUCAGGUUUGAAGAUGUCAGAAUUGAGAAGAUAACAAAAGGUCAGCUGGUGAAUCUACGGGUGAUGCAGAAUGCAAGGUGGACGACAGCGCCUGGCCGCGGUGUCCGCAACGUGAUGUUGAGGAAUAUCCAUCUCAACAUGGAAAAUUCCCGGAUUGUGAAUCCGUCGCAGAUUUUGGGGUUUGACGCGUCGAGGAGGGUCGAAAAUGUCACAUUUGAGAACUUGAAGAUUGGAGGAAAGCAUAUUCAUGACGAUAUGCAGAAGCCAAGGUGGUUCAUGGUGUCUGACUUUGUACCCAUGUUCGUCAAUGAGCACGCGACGAACGUUAGGUUUAUGUAG